AUGACCAGCCUUUCUGUGUUCAGGGAUGUACCCAUAGCCCAGAAGCUAGAAGGCAGCUUACUAAAGAUCUAUAGGCAAGACGACUCUUCUGCCAAGCUGUUCCUGGCCUACAAAGUCUGCAUGACCGAAGGAGGCCAUCCCUGGGUUUCUCUUGUGGUGCGCAAGACCCGCCUGCAGAUUGCAGAAGAUCCCUCUCUGAACUAUGAGUACUUGCCCCUCGCGGGCCUGAAAUCCUUCAUCCAAGCCUCUCUGGAACUUCUCUUUGGAAAGCACAGCCAAGCCAUUGUGGAGAAAAGGGUAGGGGGCGUUCACAUCGUUGGUGAGAGUGGAGCCUUCCAGCUUGGGGCUCAGUUCCUCAAGGCAUGGCGAAAGAACUUGAAAACCGUUUGUAUCGUGUCAUGUCAAAACGAACAGUGUGGACUCAUCUUCCGGGACAUGGGCUUUACAGUUUAUGAGUACUCGGUCUGGAACUCCACUGAUCUGUGCUCAGACCCCAGCAUGUUUGUCGAAGUUCUACAGUGUCUUCCUGCAGCAUAUCCCGCUGGCAGCAUCCUUGUGAUUGGGAACAUCUCUGACUGCCGGUUCACAAAGAAUCAGUGGACAAAGUUGAUGUCCAUCAUUAAGAGCAAGCAGAUAUUCCCAUUCUUUGACAUUCCCUGCCAAGGUUUAUCCACUGGGGACCUUGAAGAAGAUAGGAAAUUCUUACAGCACUUUGUGUCUCUAGGCUUCGAAUUCUUUUGCAGCCAAUCUCUGUCCAAGAAUUUUGGCAUUUAUGAUGAAGGAGUAGGGAUCCUAGUCGUGGCAGCCCUCAGCAACCAGCACCUGCUGUGUGUCAUCUCCCAGCUGAUGGAUUAUGUCCAGGCCCUGUGGGGAAACCCUCCUGCCACGGGUGCUCGAAUAAUCACCUCCAUCCUCUGUAACCCUGCUCUGUUUGGAGAAUGGAAGCAGAGUCUAAAAAGUGUUGUGGAGAACAUCAUGCUGAUCAAGGAGAAGGUGAAGGAGAAACUCCGACUCCUGGGGACCCCUGGGUCGUGGAAUCACAUCACCCGACAGAGCGGGACCCAUGGUUAUCUGGGACUCAACUAUCAACAGGUGGAGUUCCUGGUCAAGAAGAAGCAUAUCUACUUGCCCAAGACCAGCCGGAUCAACUUCACCUGCAUUAACAGCAGCAAUAUAGACUACAUCACUCAAAGCAUCCAUGAGGCCGUGGUGCUCACCGAGGGCUGA